AUGCUAGCCAGCGUAGCCCCGUCGCUGCUUGUGCGCACUCUGAAAGAGAGGAAAAAAGUUGACGAUGAGUUCAGAGUGAGAGCGGCCCUGCCUCGGAGCAGGCUAACCGUCCGGGAAUGGCAGUCUGGACGCGAGCGGACAAAAACGGCCAGCUGGACCUUCUGCUGCGCGACCGUUGGAUCCGAGUGGCCGCCGAGCUCACGCGCGAGACGUUGACCUUAACGGCCGAGGCGGAGGUGAGCGGACAGGGGGGCAACCACUGGGACUACUCCCCGGCCGGCCUGCGAAAUGGCAUGUCUAACGGAAACGAGCCCGGAUCGAGCCCGGGAAACCCUGGCCGCGGUGCCGCCUCGGGUCAGGAGCAACUUCAGAACCAGAACCACGGGGUCCGGGGACGCAGCAGCAGCCCGGGUCGAGGGAGCGUCAGCCGGGGUCAGUACGACGGCAACUACGGCGCGAACAGUUCGGGAAAGUACCCGGUUAACGGUGCAAACUCUGACUUUGGAAGCCCGGGGUCCGGCUACGGGAGCCCGGGGUCAAGCUUUGGGUCGAGGCAAGGCGACCCUCCGGUCAGCCUGGACGGCUCCUCCGAAGCGGUGCGGAAAGUCCGAGUUGUCAAGCAGGAGUCCGGCGGGCUGGGGAUCAGCAUCAAGGGAGGGCGGGAGAACCGGAUGCCCAUCCUCAUCUCCAAGAUCUUCCCGGGGCUCGCCGCCGACCAGAGCCGGGCUCUCCGGGUGGGCGACGCGAUCCUGUCGGUGAACGGGAACGACCUCCGGGAGGCGACCCACGACAUGGCGGUCCAGGCGCUGAAGAAGGCCGGAAAAGAAGUCACUCUGGAGGUGAAAUACAUCCGCGAGGUGUCUCCGCUCUUCAAGAAGCCGUCGCUGGUCGCCGACCUGCCGUGGGACGGCGUCCGCCCGCAGUCGCCGAGCUACAGCGGCAGUGAAGACUCCGGCUCGCCCAAACACAGCAGCUCCUCGUCCACGUCCAAAGACCGCAAGGUCAUCAGCCUGAAGAUGUGCUUCAUCAGCAGGAACCUCACCAUGCCCGACCUGGAAAACAGGCUGCUGGAGCUGCACUCCCCGGACGGCCAGCACACCGUGGUGCUCCGCUGUAAAGACGGAGCCACAGCCAACUCCUGGUUCACUGCCAUACACACCAACAUAGCCGCCCUGCUGCCGCAGACCCUGGCACACAUCAACGCCUACCUGGGGGCUUCAUCUGCAGCCUCCACACACCCCCACCUUAAACACAUCGGCUGGCUGGCUGAACAGAUUCAGCUGGAAGGCGGACGGCAGCAGUUCAGGCCGGUGGUGAUGGCGCUGACGGAGAAAGACAUCCUGCUGUUUGAGUCGGUGCCGUGGAGCAGAGAGUCCUGGUCCAUGCCUCUGCUCACACACCCGCUGCUCGCCACCAGACUGGUCCACUCCGGCAGCGCCCGCGGGUCGCCGUCCCACGGUUCGGACCUGGUGUUUGCCACUCGGACCGGCACCGGGCGUGGCAUCGAAUCGCACGUCUUCAGAGUGGAGACUCACUGGGAUCUGUCCACAUGGACGCGCGCUCUCGUUCAGGGGGUCCACGCUGCAGCUGACAUCAUCAAAGAGGUCUCCAUCGGUUGCACGCUGAACAGACAGGAGGUCCGGCUGACGCUGCACUACGAAAAGGGCUUUACUGUUACAAGGGAGCCAUCCGACCAAACAGGGGGCGCUGUGCUCUUUAGGUACCCAUACGAGAAACUCAAAAUGUCCGCUGACGAUGGAAUACGCAACCUCUACCUUGACUUUGGUGGACCGGAGGGAGAAAUGGUGUUCGACCUCCACUCGGGUCCAAAGCCGGUGGUGUUUGUCCUCCACUCCUUCCUGUCAGCCAAGCUUACCCGCAUGGGCCUUCUGACGUGAAGCACUCCGACUAAUUUCAGCACAAGCAGAAGGGUUUAUUCUUACAGUUGAUUUUAAUUUCACUUUUUUUUUUUUUUUUUUUUUUCCCCGGUUUCUCGACUCACGGUUGAAGUUUAGGCCUGCGGUGGCGCUGCAGGGAGAGUUUUAAAGCACGAGUCGCUUUGCUGAUUGUCUGAAAAAAAAUGUGCCUUGCAGCUUCCCUCUCAGCCUCUCGUAAUCAUCUGCGCUGCAAAGUUGAUGUAAAAGGAAGGAGGGUUUUCGCCUCGGGUCGAGAGGAUUAAGGAAGCUACUACAGCGUGCAAAAAGUAGGAGUUUAACCGUCUCCUAACAUUCCACACAAAGCGAUGUUUAAAGCCCGUUUAUAAUGAGAAGACGCGGUGAACGAUGUACUUAAGAGACUGCAACACUCUAAAGGUUUUACUGAGAAAGUCAGGAGUGCUUUUGUAGAUACAAAAACACAGAGUUUAGCACAAACUGGUCUUUUUUUUUUUUUUUUUUUUACUCUGCCUGUUAUUCCACAACAGCCUUCCCAUGCAUCUGGGCUCUUUUUAACUUGUGUUAGUGUCAGCCUGUGUUACUAAAGCUGUUUUUUUUAGAGUCGCUGCGCAGGUUCCUGAGCAGAGAUGGUGCGAAGCUGGGUGACUUCUCCGUAGUCCUGCACGCUUCUGUUGGCUAGAGAUGGUGUGUCUGCACAUUAUCCCCAAACUACUGUUCGUAAUCAGGAUCGCCAACUGUGCCUUUUUAACUUGUAGUCAGAGACACUCUUUAUAAUGUUUCCUUUUAUACUUCACAUAAGAACAGGUUUAAAGCUUUGAUUAUGCACAAGCAAUAGUAUUACUCUGUUAAACCAUGUUACUGUGUUUUAUAAGCGUGUAUCUCUCCCAUGAUGGCAUGACUGUCUGAUGAUAAACUCUGUAUCAGAUGAUAUGUCAUAUUUUUGUUACUUGCCUCACCUUCAGUUCUACAUAUUUUUCCUUUCUGUAUAUUUAUCAAAGUUUGUUUGUUAAAAUGACUUUUGUUUCAUACCUAACUACAACUUCUCCAGUAAGCGAUCACAUGACAGAGAUAUGAAUGUACUUUAAGAGCCGCUUCAUACUUCCUUAAACUUAAACUCAGUAUUUUGCCUCGACAAAGAUAAUUCAUACAAGUUCUCUUAUUUUGUUAAUUUAAUUUUUUUUUUCGCCCCCAAGAUUUCUCAUCUUGUCAGAAACCAAAUGAUGAUCAGUGCCCAUAUUCACAUAGAGUCCUCAGACUAAAAGGAGCUCUUAGUGAUGUCAAUUUAGGAAAAAUCUUAGUUUAAAAAA